GCAAUCGAAUUGAGGUCAAGGAGGCUUGCUGAUUUGUAGGUUCAUUGAGACGAGUUGAGGAAAACCAAGGGCCAGUAAUCCACAUCCGUUGCUAUGAAUCUCUCUCGAUCAAGAGUAAUCUCCCUCUCCCUCUCCCUCUCCCUCUCCUGCCCACCCUCUUCAGGCCUUUGUGUGCGUCUCCCGUAGUUUCGUUCUAUCUGAGGGAAUAUGCUCAGAUGGCAGGGGAGAGGAUGGGGGGGGGGAAGGGGUUGCGUACUGUCACAUAUGGAGCGCUGCAAGAGUAAGACAAGGAUAGAUUUGCGAGCAAGGUGUGAUUUUUAUGAGCUGCAUAGUCGCAGGCGAAGGUGGUUUUCUGCUCUGAGGCUCUCUUCUCGCUCUUUUCUCGUUUCUUCUACCUUUUCGUUAUAUUUGUCGUUGACGGAUCUGGUAUUUGUGGAGUAGUGGCCUUCGGUCUACACAGAGGCACCUCCAGAGAUUCCCCUGAAAUCGUGAUUCCAGCGGCCGUUCAGACUUAAAGGACUUCGAAGUUGGUUUGGUAGAGGUGAGGGCAUACUCACUCCAGGACUUUCCCAUCCCAGGUGCACCUGUCCGCCAUUUGGCGUGCAGAUUCGUUCAUAUUUCAGGAAACAAUACCGGUUCCCCUGAAACCGCGGUUCCAGCGGCUGUUCAGACUAUAAAGGACUUCAAAGUUGGUUUGGUAGAGGUGAGGGCAUACUCACGCUAGGACUUCCCUAGAUGCACCUGGCCGCAAUUUUACGUGCAGAUUCGCUCAUAUUUCAGGAAACAAUACCGGUAGUACUGUGUGCAUAUGCCCCAACUACGGUAGUAGUGGGUGGGGUUAGGAAGCUUAAUGCGGGCGGGCCGAAGACCUCGCAGGUUGGGAGGGUUUAGGGUCGAUUUUGAGGUGAAGUCCGUAUGACCUGAUUCUUCCUCCUGUGUUUGAUGCUCUUUUUGCAAUCCCCCCCCUCCCCCCCCUCCUCUUCCUCUUCCCCCGUUUGCUGUGCGCUUUUGAGGCGGUUGCUACACUCUCUGUGCUUUUUUUUGUUUUUGUGUCCUCUGACUUGUUGUUGUUACUCUCCUCUCCUGUCCGUCUCUCUUCCCCACCUUCAUUUUUGUCCCCUGUGAUUGAUCACAAGGACGCCGCUAACACCUUAUCGCUCGUUUCUAUUGUUCGAUCGGUUUCUAGUGUUCGAUCGGUCGAUCUUCCCGUUCGUUAAUCGGUGGCUUUUCAUAUCAAAGCAUUCUUUCUGCGCUGACGACGUCUUCAUCAGGAGCAGGUGGUUUCGUGUAAUCGAGCACUUCCGUUUGGACAUUGGUGUAAAAGAAUUUCCUGAACUUAAUUGGAUCUUGUAAAUGUAAAUGACCGCUUGCAUCCUUCUCUAGAUCUCGUUCGUUUCUUCCCUUGGGCUUUUCAUCACACAUGUUGCCGGUUGAUGGCGGAUUGGUCCGGUGGUUCGAUCUUUAAUCCGCUCAUGCCGCACUCACAUUCGACUUAUUCUGCCUGAUUCAUUGUGGCGCCGAUGGUGUACGAUGCGGUCAUGAUGGUCCCCUCGAUCGCUAUGUUUCAUUCAACGCAAUACAACUCUGCUCUAGACGAUGCUGUGGUUGUCAUCGAGCCGACCUUUUCCUCCUGCUCGUGGAAUCGUCUUUGGGGUGAUGAGGCUCAUGUCAUUGCCAUUUUCGUUGAUUUCAGCACAAUCAAAAGGCCCGGCAACGCUCGCCAUCAUUCAUCUGCGUGACACUGGACGGAACCUGCGAAGGGAGUUUGAGUGCGAUCUGGAACUCCUUUUGACACACAUGCGCUAUUUUCAAAGCCGUAUCGAUGCAAAAACUUAUGGCAGCAUCCUGAGCAGCUGCAAUAGCACCAGUCAUAGCAGUUGCAGUAGCAGAGGGAGCAAUAGAAACGGUAGCAGUGAUGGUGGCAGUGACAGAAACAGGUAUGGAAACAAGGGUGGAAACAUUGGCAGCAAGAACAGCAAUGACUGCGGUAGAUGUAAUAGUAAAAGCAGUAGUUAUCGUGGUGAUUCUGGGAUUAGCUGCGGACCAAAACAUGGUGAAGCGAUGUGGCGAAAAGUGCACAUUUCAGUGCACUGCGAUGUGGGGGUGUUCGCUUGGCUACUUAGAUACGUCAAAGGGGAAGAGAGAGCACCCCUGUCAGUCCAGACGUGUUUGCCGCUCCUCAUUUCAGCCGAGUUUCUGCAAAUGGAGACUCUGGUCAAUCAGUGCGUAGAAUUUCUGUGCAACAAUCUUCUAGCUGUUGCUGCCCUGCCACUCGACUUGUGUGGCAUCAGCCAAUCCAUCUUGGGGCGGUUGGCCACGUGGGUUAGCGAAGACACAUUGGAGAAGCUUUAUUGGGGAUGGGAAGUGAGUCCAGUCGCUGCUGCUGCUCCUUCUCCUGGCCUCCAUACAAGCCCAGGUUUGUAUUCAUCGAACAACACAAUGGCCACAGUCCCAGUCGGUAAAUCAGGCUCACUGCUGGAAGAUAGCCCGAUGCCUUCUUCCCAUUCUGGCACAGAUUCGCCUUUAGUGACCAAGAGGGUGGCAACACAAGCAGAUGGAUGCAGUGCAGCAGUAGAAGCAAUCCCGGCAGGUCCUGAUCGUGCUCCUGGUCCAGUUUCAGGGUUGUAUAUAGGUUCCUUUGCAGGCUUCGGUUCAGGUCCUGGGCACACCAGCACUGGGACAGUUCGAAAUGGAGUUAACUCCACAGCUUUGGAGGCAAGCCCCUCUCUUCACACUGGUCCUGGCCGUGUUCCUGGUCCCACAUCAACGCCCCGUCCAGGGUUCCAUUCAGGUCCGAACGCUAUUCCUGCAAACAAGAAUGCAACAAGACUCACAGGCAGACCAGCUGCAGCACAAGAAGUGAACACAGGACUUAGUUUGAAGAGACGGGACCCUGAUCGACGUCUCAUGACAUCCAGGCCGAACUUGUCUUGCCAACUUUACAAGAUGAAGCUGGAGGCAUUCCUGCAUAAUUGGAGUGGAUAUGUUUGCCGCUGUGCUGUCUGUGGGACUCUGUUCCCAUCAGAGGCCCACGGACUGUUGCGAUGUCCCGGCUCGCAAGGUGGGGGACCUCCAUCCGUUGAUCGGUGUCAAGGAGAUGUCUAUAAAUCUACUGAUUGCAGAUCAGCAAGUGUUUUGCAGGAUUCGAACGACUCAUGUCAUGAUGGUGUACAGCACAGGAUGUGCACUCCGGUUGGAUCUAAUAGGGGGCACAGAACACAUGUGCGACAGGCUGAUUGGGAUGUGUACACAUAUCUGAACCAGCUGAGGCAGAGAAGGUACACAUGGCGUGCACUCUACUGGCAUGUCUGGGGAAGAGUCCACGUCUUCCAGUGUUCCUUGUGUCAGCAAGUGUUUUCUGUCGCUGACAUCGAUAAGUGCGUGCACAACUCGAAGUUGGAUCGAAACCCUGGAAGCACCAUUGUCGGUGAGGCUGUGCUACACACACAAUCACUGAAUGCAAACGAUGCAGCAGCUGUCUUAUGGCGAUCAGACAUGUCAGUCAGUUUGGAGACCAAUAAGGAGAAAGAGGGAUUGGAAAGGAAGGAGCUGGAUGAGAAGAAGGUGGUCAAUCAUCAGCGGCAGGAGGAGGAGGAGGAGGAGGAGGAGGAGGAGGAGGAGGAGGAGGAGGAGGAGGAACAACUGAAAGAUGCUGAGAAUUAUAACAAAUACGGCACUCAGGCGAAAGACAGAGUGGGAUUGAUCCCGAGCAUUCUCCUCAAUGAGAACGUGGUGGAGGGAGAGGGGAAGAAGGAAGACAAAUGGGACGGUGAGGAGCAGUACACAUGGGAAAUAGGUGACGAGAGUGGUAAGUUUCUCGGUCACUUCAAUACUGGAGAGGGGCCGCCGGUAGCUCUCAACAGUUGCUCGGAUGGAGAUGCUCCUAGAGAGAACGCUGCUCCUCCUCAUCCUUCUCUUGCUCCUUCGACUUUUCCUGUUCUCCUUGCUCCCCCUAUGCAUCUUUCUCCCCUUCCUCCCCCUGCUUCCCCUUCUGGUACUAUUCCUCCGUCUGCUGCUACCGUACAUCCUUCUGGUUUGCCCCCGCCUAUGCCUGCACCUCCUCCUCCUCCUCCUCCUCCUCCUCCUCCUCCGCCUCCUCCUCGCUUGUCACUGGCAGCUCUUGCAGAGACUUGCCCAGAACCUUGUCAGCAGCAUGCACAUGAGCCGAUGAUCCGUGAAAGCCUGUUCUGCUACGACGCCAAGAAGGGCUACGGAAUGGCCGUAGCUGGUUCCGAUACUGCAAGUGGGACCAGCUGGGACUGUGGCAUGGCGAAGCAGUCCUCUCGCAGUGAUGGGCUGCAGGAAGCUUUCCGGGUCUAUCGAUCGGUUCUAGAGCUUGCCAACCGCCAUCGCCCCGUCAUCACUUCGCCUUUCCAAGAGAGUGUAGAACGCACGUUUAAAACCGAGCCGGCUCAGAAGAGUGACAACAAUUACACUCAGCAGCAGUCGACUCUCACUUCUGUGGAUCAUGCAGCGACCACUUAUCGUCCUCACCAACAGAUCAAGCACAAGCUCGAGGGGCGAAACGACUCACUGCCAGUUGCAAAACUUCGUCAUAAGAGCAACAACUCUCAGCCCCUUCAAGCAAAUCAUAAUGGCAUGGCUCAUGCGGGUCAUCCUUAUCAACAGAUGCCAAAGAGGUUCAACGAGAUAGAUCCUAUGGUAUGCAGAAAGAACACAUCCACCAUCCUUUCUGGCACUGAAGGUCUGCGUCAACCUAUGUGCAGUAUGCCGAAGGGAGGGAGUUCUGUCCCAUCUCUCUCCGCCCCCAAGGAUGUGGCCUACGACUCUGUAGGUCCAGGUUACACGCUGUCACCGUGUAAAGGACCCAGUUUUGCAAGCGGGCAUGAUACUACUAGAUUGCUUUCUCCUCCAACAAGUACAGCCUUUGCAUCUGGAGGUGAUGGACGAUUGCUCAACCACUCAAAAGGUGCAUCGUCUGGCAUUGCAGUUGAUGUUCGAUUGCUAAAUCCCCCAAAAGGUGCAGUGUCUGGCGCUGGUGGUGACGGGCAACUGCUAAMCCCCCCAAGAGGUGCCGCAUCAGGCACUGGACGUGAUGGGCGCUUGCUAAACCCGCCGAAAGGUGCAGCAUCUGGCACUGGAGGCGCUGCUACAGCUGAGACUGGAAACGUUGUAUCUAACCAUCCUUCUGCCCGUAAUAAGGCAACCAACUUACAGAAGCUGAGGGCGAUCUACUCCUCGCCCUGUCGAGAUCGAAGAAUAAAGACAGGCUCUGAGAAGGAAAGAAAAUGGAGAGCAGAGACGAGGAACACAAAGGCUGACAAUGGUCGCAAAGGUCCCUCAGCUUUCUACAACGAGAAGAAGACUCAAGGGGAGGAGGAGGAGGAGGAGAAAAGGGCAGAGGUCAUGUGUGAUCAUUAUGGAUGUAGCAACUGUGAGCGCAGAGUGGGGAAGCAAGGUGGUGGUAAUGAACAUGACAACAAUGGCGACAACAAUGAUGUCGAGGAUAACAACGCCAACUAUAAUGAGAACGAGGAAGAGGUAGGAGGAGGUGAAGAAGGAGGAGGAGAAGAAGAGAGUAUCGAGGAGUCGAUCGCAGAUACACAAGGUGAUAGAUGUACGGAACAAGAUUAUUCGCCAGGAGGCUGCAAAAAUCUCAGUGGUUUUCACAGUGAUGGAGGCCAGGUGUCGAUGAAGGGUUGCCGAGUCCUGAGAUUGUCAAUGAGAGAGGAGCAGAGGGACGUAACGGAGAGGGAACAUAGCGAGUUUGGCGUUCAGGAGUCACACGAAUGUUAUUCGUGUGACAGUACCUUGCUUCACACCCACAGGACUCGAUUGAAUGUUACUGCUGCCACAUAUGAUGCUUCUGCUGCUGCCGAAGAGGUGGAUACUCAAACAUCCCCGUCGUCGAUGGCAGGUGAUAAAUCUGGCAGCGUGAUGCGCUCAGGGAAUGUUUCGAGAUGUAAUGGGGAGAGGAAUACAAUCUUCUGUUCUUCCUCCUCCUUCCCGUCCUGUUCAUCCUUUUGUGCCAAAACCACCUCCAUCACAACGACCACCUCAUCAUCAUCAUCAUCAUCAUCAUCAUCAUCAUCAUCAUCAUCAUCAUCAUGUUCUUCCUCCUCUUCUUCCUCCUCUUUCGCCUCCUCUUUCUCUUCCUCGUUUGGUGAACAAGUGGGAGUGGCGUUUGGGCGUUCCUCGGUGGUCUCAGAAUGGGCGCGCAUGAAUCUCGAGUUACAUGAGAACAUGAACCUGAAGAUGAAGACGAAGAGGAGAACGAAGAAGAAGUUGAGGAGCUCAUAUUCUACUACCCCAUCCAUGGAUCCAGAUGGAACUAAUCUCGCUAGCAAUAAUCGGUCCAAGAACGAUGGAAGUAGAGGUGCUCAAGUGGGGCCAGACAAUGUCGGCCAAGCGUUAGAUCAAGGGAUGUCCAAGAGCAGCAAUUGUGAGUGUUUGAAUCUGGGUUCAGCUCCUCCUCCUCCGCCGCCAACUGCAGUCGCAGUCAUAGACGAUGAUGAGUGGGUCUGGAACGAGGCAGAGAAGGCGCUACUGUGGUCUCUGCGGCGUGAAGACGAUGCCAUCCGCAUGCGCCUUCUCAUACAUCGACUUGCAGAUAAUCGAAAGACCAGCAGCAGUGAAGCCAGCAACGUUGGUAAACCGCAGCCUCAGAAGACUCCUCGAGACACCAGCAAUCACGAUGGUCACCACAGUCGUUCUCCAGAAGGACGGGGUGCUUGGCUUCGGAGGCCGGCUAGUGUAGCUGAUGAGACUUGUCAUACACGUGGGCGCUCACAUGAGCGGGCAACCGGCCGUCCACGGGCACUUACAAGCGAGUGUCAUCGCAAUAGCAGCGGCAAAUCGGAGCAACAUAUGUCAUUGAUUGAUAUCUUGACCUUGGCCACAAAUUGCAGCAACGCCCUCCCUGGGAAGUACUCCCGUAGCAGUCCCAUGAGCAGCAGUGGUGGCCAUGCUGGUGGCGAUGUUUGUGGUGAUGCCACUGGUGGUGGUGGCGGUGAUGGUAGCAGCAGCAGCAGUAGAAGUAACAGCAGUAUUAGCGGUGGUAAUCGUAUUAAUCCUAGUGAUCGUGGGAGCAGUAGAAGUAAUGAUGGUGGUACUAGAAGUAGGGAACGGCAAAUUGAUCAUCCUGACAAGCAUCAUUAUCAUAGUACAGGCAGAACUGAUAUUCACGAGGAGGCUCAUAAUCGUGAGCUUGACGAUGAAUAUUAUAGUUGCGACGUUGGAGAUGACCGUAGCGAUGCAGUAAAGGAGAAAGACGAGGAAGAGGAGAAAGAGGAGGAAGAGGAGGAAGAGGAGGAAGAGGAGGAAGAGGAGGAAGAGGGGGAAGAGGAGGAAGAGGAGGAAGAGGAGGAAGAGGAGGAAGAGGAGGGAGAGGAGGGAGAUGAGGCAGAAGAGGAGAGGGAGGAGGAGAGGGAUAAGGACAAGCAGGAGGUGGAGGAGGACGAGGAGGAGGAAGAGGAGGAGGACGAGGAGAAGUGCAGUAGCGCCAUAUCUUGUUCUAGACCAGAUAAGGCUGUGUUGAUGACUAGCGGGCCUGCGGGUCAGGAACGUGUGCCUGGUCAGCAGCAGGGGAGAUCUGCAGUGGAGGUUAUGCCCAAACGUAAGUCGUCUAGAGAACGUAAACCGUCUGGAGAGCGUAAACCGUCUGGUGAAACGACUGCCGCGGGUCGGCGAGACGAUGUGCCCGUGAUUGACCACAAGGACAGGUUCUGGAUGCUGGACUGGGUGGGGGAGACCGGACAACCAUCGAGUGGCCUUAUUCUAUACGUGGUCAUCAAAGACAAUAUUGUGCCGGUUGGCGGCCUGGUGAGGUGGACUGGACAAAAUGUGUCGUCUGCAACUUUCGAAUUGACGAUGGUCCUGAAUGGAAGAGGGGAAAGAAUACCAAACAUUAAACACGUCGCUCUUCAAUGGGCCAACCACGCGGGGUUCGGAAAGUCGCUGGUUGAUGUGUUCAACCCACCAGGGACAUUGGAAGUGAAGUUGCCUAACCUCAUUGACGUCCUCGGGUUUUUCGACAGUAAUGUGAUCGCGGGCAGAGAGCCGGUUGUGCAUCCAGAGGACCGCAUAUCAGAGCCUAAAUGCGUGCUUUCGAAACCCGUGGAGAAAGGGCUUUCGAUCACGAUCCGCGAUACGCCGCCUGGUCCGAGAGCUGGGCAGAUCGGAGAGAAGGAUCCGUGCCGCGGACUGGUCGUACCGUCAGCCCCUUUGAAAACCAGGCCAACGGCGACCAAAGCACCAGUUGCCUUGGGAAGCCGAUCGCGCUAUGAUGUGACCACCAAGGGAUAUCUCCCCUUGGUGGGCCAGCAGCGCUAUGACUACACUGUGCCAAGCCGUGCAGAGGAACCCCAUGAGUAUUUUGAAGAUGAGGAUGAAGAGAACAACGAGGAAUAUUCGGAACGAGCAGGAGGACAGGAACAGUAUGUUGCGGGUGGCGGCGGCAUGAUGAGGCAUCAAGGAGAGACAAGUAAAGUUGAUGGACAGGAUGAAGACAGUGAGCACACUAUGAGCGAAUUGGGUGGUGAGUUUGGUCUGGCAGGAGGAUAUGGGAGCAGCUACGAAGGAUGUGAGGGGGAUGUGCACGCGACAGUGGCUGUGGCUGGGCAUACAGAUGCUGCAAGGCUCGCUGAGCGAAAGAGGAAGCACAGGCGGGAGAGGAAAAGUCUUAUGGAUAGUAAACGGAGUAGGCAAGAAGCGGGUGAAAAAAAACAAUUGAAAAUAAUGCCCGUGGAUGAGGCGGUCCAGAGAACACGGGAGACUGAGGCAGACGCGAAGAAAAAGCAGCAGCCAAAGAAAAGAAAGGCAAAAGGUGGUGUCAUGGAAAAGACUUUCGUUUUUCCAGCGGAACAACCACAAUCGGAUGAAGAGGCCAAAGGCAAGACAGUUACUAGGCCGCCAAGUUUGAGAAAUGUGCCAUCAGCAACUUCUUCUGGUGUUCUCAGCAAAGGCUUCUUCCUUGAGUUGGACGAGCGUGGGAACCAAUGUCCAGACAUGGAAUUCAUUUAUGUCUAGUUCGACCGAAUUCUAGAUAUCCCCGACGGGGAAUUCAGAUACAAUCAACGCUAUCUUGUGCA